AUAAUUAUUAUUUGAAUAAUGUAAUUUUUCUCAUAUUAAUCGUUUUAUUAUUUUACUAUUUAAUCUUUUACCAGUAUUUUUUAUUAAGCGCUCUUUUUUCGAUUUUACAGAAGAUUUAUUAUCUUAACAUUAAUAUAAUACAACUCAUUAACGUUAAUAAUUCUUAUCUUUUCAUCAAUCAAUCAAUGAUAAUAAUAUGAUUUUAUUACCAUUUCCGCCCAAAACGCGGAAUUUAGAAACAGCGAUGAAAUGUCAAAAAGCUAUCUUAUAACCUUACCAAUUUCAAACUACCAUCAUAUAUGACAUUACUGUAAUCUUAUUAUAUUCUAUGAUACUAUAUUAAUAUAUUUUUUUAUUGAAGAAUUUAUUUUAAAUUUAAUCAGUAAUGAUUUAUGUAGCAGUAGUGCUUGUUUAUUUAUUAUUACGCAUUAUAUAUGAAAAAAUGAAAUACUGUCUCUUGAGUUAGACAUGUCACGUUGUCUUUUUAAUUUGGCCGGUUUAUAAAGCGCUUUUGUGUCUCAAAUUCAGCGGCGCCAUUUUGUCGAUGCUUUGCUGAAUGAUGCAAGACAACAUUGUUUUUACUUAUUUUUAAUUAACUGCAAUUUGUUUACCGCCAUAUAACAAGAGGAUACAACCAAAGUUAUAAAAGAUUGGAAUUGAAGGAUUAAAGGAAAAAAAAAAAUACAGCAAUAUGAGUGCACAUGAGAUUGAAUAUAUCGAGGCUGAAGAAGAAUAUUUGCAGUUGAAUCAAUCAGAUAUUAUGGAAACCGAGAUACAAGAUGAAGCUGAAGACCACUGGGAACAUAACAGUAUCAAGCUUAUGCUAAAUUUGUAUUUACAGAAUAUUGAUAAAUUUAGAAAUCCAAAAAUGAGGAAAAAGAAUGUAUGGACGGAAAUAUCAAACGAAGUUGGUAAAGGGCCCGAGAGUUGUGAUAAGAAAUUCAGAAAUUUGAAACAAACAUACAUAAGAUUGCUUAAGAAGAAGAGUAAGAAUAAGUUAGCCAAAGUUAGGUGGCCAUAUUUUGCGACAUUUGAGGAGAUAUACAGUGUCAAUGGUGAAUAUCAGCCGGAGAUACAGCAGAAAAUACAAGAGAACAGCACAGAGAAUGUAGCUAAAGUAUUACUGUCUAUAAAAACACCUAAAUUUGAUGGGGAAAUCAAUGAGAAUGGUGAGGGUUCAAAUAGUCAAAAUGAAGAGGUUAGAAGAAAAAUGAAUAAAAGAAGGUAUACAGAAUUUAAGAAGGCUACAUUAGAAAUGAGAGACAGACAGAGAGUUGUAGAAAGUAAAUUAGAUAAACUAAUCAGUAUAGUUGAAGACUCAAAUAACAUUCAGAGAGAACGGAAUAGAUUAUUUGAAGAAUUUUUAGAAAAAUUAAAUAAUACUUAACAAAUUGUUCCAAAUUGAAAUAUUAUUGUAAUAUAAUUAAAUAUAAAUAUUAUUUUUAUAUGAUUGAUUGGAAGCUUUAAAUGAGGAGACUUUGUUUUCUGCAUUACGAAUACACAACAUGCAAAAAAAUUAUGAGUGUAAUAUUUUAUUUUCAUUUAACCUUUCAAUGCAAUUUGGUUUAGAUUUGCAUGGGUGUACUAUUUCUGAAAUAUUUAAUUUUAUACAAAUCUUGUUCUGGUAAUUAUAAACAACAAUAAAGAGAGGGGGAAUGGGAUUGUAACGGAAAUUUAACAGCCUCAUUAACAUAUAAUCUAUCAGGUGGCCUUCAUGCAAUUCUCCCUUAAAACUAUGAAAAUGAAAUAAAAAACGAGAACUAACUAUGAUUGGUUCUUGUGAAAUAUAAUACGAUGAGUUAACUGACCUGCUUUCAUCCUCGCCUAUUAUUCCUCACUGGUGUCCCAUCAUACGCUGAUGGGAUACGCCGAUAGUGUUUUUUUAUCCAUAAAAAAAAGCAAAUAGCUAGUGCAUUCAUUCUGAAGUGAUGUGCUUACCUAUAGCAAUCGAUUUUUAUUGGGAGGAAGGUUUGUCAGUAAUGGGGUAGUUGGUUUCCAUUACUAGCAUCAUAUCUUAUCAGGUCGAUCUCCGCGUGGUCCUCCCAGGAAAUCAGUGUGACCAAUUCGUGAAUUCAUCACAUUAGGCGAACUGACCUGUUUUUAUCCUCACACACUACGCCUAUCAUCUCCCACAGAUGUGUUGCCAGCGUAUACCGACAGAGCAGGCGGGGUACUAUUCCAUUAUGAUUUAUAUAAAAAAAAAAAUUAUACAUAUAUAGAUUAAUUAGGCUUAAGGAAAUAUAUUUUUUUGGUGGUUUUGUUGAAAGUUGUGUGACCUGAAUGUUUGGUUGAUCACUUUCAAACGUUUUAUUAAAUUUUGAUAAGUACUAGACAUUUUUUUUAUACUACUAUAGUGGCAAAUAAGCAUACGGCCCGUCUGAUGGCAAACGAGGUUACCGUAGCCUAUGGGACUCCUGUAAUACCAGGGUUGUCACGCGCGCAUUGCUGAGCGAACAUACUAUUUUACAUAGCGUGUAUAAAGACAUAUAGAGCGCUUAUAUUUAAAAAAAAUCUCGCGGAAAGGUAACACAAAACCCCAUGGGGUGAGUUGUAUUUACAGUUUUAUAAAUGCUAUAGCUGGAUAUCGGAUUGUCUUACAUUCUGCAUAUAUUGCACGUAAAAAGUAUUGCAAUCUUUAUUUAUACGACCCAUGCAAUAAUUAAGAUCGGGUUCCACAAGAAGAAACCGACGUCAAUUGUGGCAAAACCAGUUAGUUAUUUUGAUUUAAAUACAAAAAUACUGUAUCAAUUUUGAUAAAAUGUGUACGGGGUCAAUCUGUAAAUACAUCCUUUUAGAUAAAAAAGAAUUUUCCAAAUCGGUUUACAAGUGACGGAGUUAUUAGGUAAUAAACAUAAAAAAAUACAAUCGAACUGGUGACCUUCUUCGUUUUAAAGUUUGUUUAAAAUAGCGAUAUAGAUGUGACUCCUUCAUUACAGUUUAAUUGAGUUGAUUGUAUGAAAUGGUUUUAAAAGCCGUAGUAAAACAGUAAAAAAGUGCUUCUUUCCGCCUUAACAUCCUAUCAAGAUCGACAUAGUUUACUAACCGAUUAAGAAAUGGUACGAUAAAAGAUUCGACUUAAAACCCAACUUUGCCUUUUUGGCACGAUACGCAUCGAAUUUACAUUCGACACAUCUUUUUUUCAACCGACUUCAAAAAGAAGGGGUUUCGAUUCGGUUGUACUUUUUUUUGUUUGUUACGUUAGAAUCUCUAAAGCUAACGAAGUUAAGCUUUAGAGAUUUUUUAAGAGGGACACUGCUGCCCAUUCUUCGCCCUCCCAUAGUCGCCUCUUACACCCACGAGAAAGGAAGAGGUGGCCUAUUCAAUGCUAGAACCACAAGGCUAUAUAUAUAUAUAUAUAUAUAUAUAUAUAUAUAUAUAUAAAUAAUGAGCACAAUGAUGACAAUCUUGUACAUGCAUACAUAUCUGUUACUCCUGUCUCCCAUAAGGAUAGGCAGAAACAAUGAAAUGCUAAAUGCUUCGAUUCAAACAAACCUCUUUCGCUUCUUCCACAUUCAUCAAUUUUUUCAUACACGCUCGUCGGUUACGGGUACUUUUAAUUUGUCCCUUCUUCAGCACAUCGCCUAUUUGGUCGACAUACGUCCGUCUAGGGCGGCCCCUACCGACAUCUCCAUCCAUUCUUGCUCGAUAAAUCUCUUUCGCAAUUCUUCUUUCGUCCAUCCUCUCCAAAUGGCCAAACCAACGCAACAUUCCUUUUUCGAUUUUUGUCACUACAUCGUCUUUCAGUGCACACUUCUCUCUAAUCACACUGUUUCUUACUCCAUCUUUUAAUGUAAUACCACACAUAAUUCUCAAAGCUCUCAUCUCUACAGCAUUUAUUUACUUUCAUGCUUCUUCUACUAUUAUUAUUUAUUACAAUCUUUUAAUAGAUAAUAAUAGCAGUAAUCAAUCGACUUUGGAAAGAUAAUAUGAAUUCAAUCUUCUCUUGAAGGAAGCGAUAGAUGUACAAUUUCAUAUUUAAAAUACUUUAAUCAUUUGCACGCUGUUUUAUUUUCUAACCCGUUUUCUUAGAACUGCUGUACGCGGCACAUCCAUACAGUCGAGAUGAAUGAUAAUUGCGCCCCGCUGGCUUUCUCGAAUCGCCAAUUUAUGUUGCCAUCGCCGAGGAAAUGAGUUUUACUUAUUUUGUAUAGAUUGACUGUAAUCUUUGGAAUUUAACGGACAAAUCUUAUUAAUGUCAAAACAAUAGUAUUACCAAUAAAUAAUGACAGUUGGUCGUCUGUUCUCGGCAUAGAAUAGGCCACCCCUUCCUUUCCCAUGGGUGUUGUAAGGGGCGACUAAGGGAAUUUAAUGGUCAAACAGCGUCCCUCUUAAAACUUUGCCAAAUCCUGACUAUUGUUGGCAAUCCAUCUGCCAAUCGUGGCAAUUACUGGCAAAACUGCCCUAGGAAGAGACCUAUGUUCAGCAAUGGGCAGUUAACGGCUGUAUCAUUAAUAACAGUUUUGGUUGUCUAUCUUCAUGACAAGUACUUUACGAGGUAGGUACAGAGAACCGAGUGUCAAAGGCCUAUUCUGUCCUUACAUAUGCCUUUUGCUUAUUUUUUAACCCUUUUUUGCAUAAUGGUGGAAAUUUCCAUCAUAACAUUGAACGCUCAAAAAUUAUAUAAAAGAACGUGUUCACUUUAAGUUGAUCGUGUCUGGAUACCUUUUUAAUGUCCAUCGAAGAAAAAAAAACCAUAGCUGUCAAAUUUAUUUUUUAACUAUUUUUCCUUUAAUUUUGAACAUGAAUUAUAUCACCUUGAUUUAUUACAUCAGUAAAAAAAUCAUGCAAAGAAGGGUUAAUUCGUCUCAUGCAUUGUAUGGUUUGCUAACCGUACAACGGAUUUGAUAAUGAUAAAAUUAUAAAAUGAUAGUUUAACGAUUGAUAAAACAGUUUGCUAUUUUAAUACUAAUUAUUGAUAUACGCGCUUCACAAAAUUUUUUACAAAACUUUCGAAUAUGUAUAAAGUCACAUCAAGAGAUCCCAAAAUGUUGAAACUGCCCAUCUGCAGAACCACACUGUAUCAACAAAACUAUGAUAUAAUGACUAUUAAAAUAUAUUAUAAAAUACCAAAAUUAACAAGAGAACUACCAGUAUGUUCACGCUCACUUUUUAUCUUUGUCCGAGCAGUAAGCGCUUUAUAUUAUUCCCAAAUUCGUGUACAAUAUAGUAUAUAUGUGUGUAAGUAUAUUUGUUAUUCAUAUAUAUUUAUUCGUUUAUAUAUGUAAUUUUAGUAUGUAUGUAUAUCAAUAAUUAGUAGUACCGCAUUCAAGUAUUCUGACACUUCCCUAUGGUUGACUGGGAGAGAAUGGACUCGACUCGUAGACGUGCUCGCGUAAACACGUAAACGCAGACGCUCUCUUCAAAUUUAUUUUUAUAUUCGUAUUCUUAAAUAUUUUUAAUAUAAAAUUUGUACCAAAUUAAAAAACAGAGUGAAUAGAAUUAAGAACUUAUACACAAAUGUUUGUUUAGUUUCCUAUAAUUGCCAGAUUAAUCAAAAUAAGUGCUUAUAGAACUGUUCACAAGCAUCAAGCCAUUUCAGCAACA